CAGAGACAGUAAGACAAGUCUUACAGCAGAUCCAACCUCAGCUUCAGAAUCAGGUUAGGUUUAUUGGAAGAGCUUCUGGAAACAACAAUGACAUUCAGAGUGUUCCUGGCUCUAUUGCUCCCCCUGCUGGUUGGGAGCACCUCAGUUUCUCGGAAACUGUUCCCGACAGACUGCUCUGACGUCUACGUUAAAGGACAAAAACUGAGUGGAGUUAACACCAUCUACCCUACAGGUGAUGCACCUGUACAGGUGUACUGUGACAUGGGCUGCAGUGGAGACGUAAAAGAUGCAAAGUGGACGGUGUUUCAGAGGAGAAUGGAUGGCAGUGUGAACUUCUACAGACCAUGGGAGCAUUACAAGAAAGGAUUUGGCAACAAAAAUGGAGAAUACUGGCUGGGACUGGAGAGCCUCUACCAGCUCACCAGCAAGAGAAAGUAUGAGCUGAGAGUGGACCUGGAGGACUUUGAGGGAGGGAAGGUUUACGCCCAGUACUCUACUUUCUCUGUGGACUCUGAAGUCAACGGCUACAAACUCACAGUUGCUGGAUUCAUAAAUGGAGGAGGAGGUGACUCACUGACAUACCACAAUGGACAGAAGUUCUCCACCUUCGACAAAGAUCAGGACUCCUGGCCUAAUAACUGUGCUAAAUCCUACCUUGGAGCAUUUUGGUACAAUGGUUGCCACCAGGCUAACCCCAACGGUAUCUAUCUGUGGGGAAGGGAUGGCACCCUUUUCGCUAUUGGAGAUGUGUGGUACCACUGGAAAACCUAUGAUUACGGUCUCAAGUCCAUCACUAUGAAGAUCAGGCCUGUGGCCUAGACCCGUGCAAUGGGUUCCUCUUUCUUAAGAUGAAAAAGGCAGAAUCUAAUAACACAGAUUUUCUUUUCCUUUUUUCUUUGUAGCAUGUAGCCUCUGGAGACACAAAGUUGAGCUAGUUUAUUAGAAGAAUGCUGUUCUGUUUAAAUCUGUGCAUAUUGUCUUAAUCAGUACAUCAAAUUUAAUAAAAUCUAUUGCAGUACAAAAA